UGCAUUUUCAAAAACGUCCCAUCAACGUUUCAAACGCCUCAAAACCUCUUAAAUCACGUAGCAUGCAUUCUCCCAUCCAUUGCUCUGCGUGCUGAGACUAAGUUAAUCGAUUACCUACACUGCGUAUUGCAGGCGAGAGUAGCCAGUGGCGUUUAUUGUCCAGAAAAAGUCAUCUUCCUCAAAACAACAUCCUCUUCGCAGUGUCAGUCCUCACUCAUAUCCCAUCUCUGCUUCUUGCUUGGUCUCUAAUGCCCUGUCUGUAGCAGGCAGAAUGACGUCUCCACCUUGGCCUAAGGGAAAGAAGCUGGUUCACCUGGAUUUGAAAGGUGCCCCUCCAAGAGUAGAAUAUCUUCACAAGCUGAUCGAGCUGUUCUCUCAGCUGGGAGUGGAUGGCCUGCUGGUCGAGUAUGAGGACAUGUUUCCUUAUGACGGGGAACUGAAACUGCUGCAGGCCACAACACAGCCUGCUUACAGCCGAGAGGAGCUACUGUCUAUGCAGGAAUUUGCAAAAUCUAAGGGCAUGGAGGUCAUCCCUCUUGUGCAGACAUUUGGUCACAUGGAGUUUGUGUUGAAGCAUCGGCCCAUGUGGAGUCUCAGAGAGGUGCCUUAUUGCGUAGGUACCCUGAAUCCCCACAAAGAGGAGGGGGUGAGGCUGGUGAUGGAGAUGCUGAGGCAGGUGGUGAAGCUGCACCCGGGCCUGAACACACUGCACAUUGGUGCAGAUGAGGUGUACGUCCUCGGCGAGGGGGAGGAAUCCAAACUGUGGUUGGCCUCACCUGGACGUACAGUGGAGCAGCUUUUCCUGAGUCAUGUGACCAAGGUGGCCAAGGCCGUCAAGGAGGCGUGGCCUCACAUGACUAUUGUGAUGUGGGAUGAUAUGAUGAGAAGCAUGAGUGAGGACACACUAAAAGCUAGCGGUCUGGUGGGACUCGUCCAGCCCAUGUUGUGGGACUACAGCCCUAAUCUGGACGUGGACAAAACUGUGUCUCUGCUGGAGAAGUACUGCGGUGUCGGUAUGUCGCACCUGUGGGUGGCCAGCUCCUUUAAAGGCUCCACCAGCGUUUACACCUGUGUGCCCUGCACACAACGACAUGUGGAUAAUCAUUUGCAGUGGCUGAAGGUGGUUGCAUCUUUAUCUGCUGGUGUGAACCUGCAGGGUAUCGCCAUCACGGGCUGGCAAAGGUACGACCACCUGUCGGUGCUGUGUGAGCUCAUGCCUCUGGCUCUCCCGUCACUAGCAGCAUGUGUCCAGACACUCAACCAUGGUCAGUUCAGUGCUGAGGCUCAAAGCAAAGUCGCUGAGACACUGGGUAUUUGCUCGGUGGAGGUAGAGGCCAUGGGGAGGACCACUGCAGACGACUCGCUGUUCCCAGGCAGGAAGUUGGCUGAGUUAAUUGUGGAGCUCAAUUCACUGUUGAACUCAGAGGACAUCCGGUUGUUUGAAAACGACAUGUUUGUGAGAGGGUGGUUCAGCCCCUACCACCGACAGAGGAAGAUGGUAACCCCUCUCAUCACCAUGCAGAUUCACAGCCAAGCAUUAACGUUUUUAACUACAUUACAACAGAAGGCGGAGGCCGUGAGAGAGGAGAUGGUGCGUCUUUACCCAGAUUCAACAGCUCAAGAGUGGAUAGAGGAACACGUCCGCCCUGUAGUGGCCCCUUUACAGAGGAUAACAGAGGAUAUCAGAGCAUGUGUGAAGGAGAUGGUGCCAUAGAAUAGUAGUCUGUCAUAACUGUGUUUUUUUUAUGAAAUACAAUAUUGGUCUCUUAACUUUUUGCAAGUACUGAAAUUAACAGGAGUGAUUUUAUGUGUAAUUUUGCGCUUACCCAAGACCAAACUGGUGUAUAUAGAUUGCACCAAUUGUAGCAAAGAAAGGAAAUAAUAUUAAAGGGUGACUUUGUGUUUAUGUAUAAAACAACUUUAUAUAAUUCCUGCAAAUGUAUCAAAGUAAACAAAGACAAUAAAAGGAACCAACACAAAAAACUCUUCUUUC